UGUUUUCAUCUUUGUUCCCUGCAACUGGGCUCCCUCGUUGUGAGUUUUUUGUUUCUUUUCUCUGGCAGUAACCAAAUUAUACUGAGUUGGGUCUUUGAGUCUCCCAAUGGGUACUGCUCCAACUCAGUGCCCACCUGGAAUCUCUGCAAAUCUCCAUGCCAAAUUUGAUAACAGAAUUGAAUUUUCAUGCUCCAACUUCCCUUCUACGCUUAAUAUUUCAAAGCUUAACUGCCACCCCAAUUCCAAGGGAUUAGUGAAUAGAAUAUGUUCUUUGCCUGAUAUUGAUGAUUUGUUUUGGGAGAAAGUCCCUACGCCUAUACUCGAUGUGGUUGAAAACCCUAUGCAUUUGAAAAACUUGACUAUCAAGGAACUGAAAUUAUUAGCGGAUGAAAUCCGUUCAGAAUUGUCUUCGAUAAUGUCAAGAACUCAAAGAUCCUUCAAGGCCAGUUUAGCUGCAGUGGAAUUAACGGUUGCAUUACACUAUGUUUUCCAUGCUCCAGUUGACAAGAUACUGUGGGAUGCUGGGGAACAAACAUAUGCACAUAAAAUUCUUACAGGAAGGCGGUUCCUUAUGCCUACUUUGAGACAAAAGAAUGGUCUUUCUGGCUUUUCUUCCCAAACUGAGAGUGAAUAUGAUCCAUUUGGGGCUGGGCAUGGAUGCAAUAGUAUAUCUGCCGGACUUGGUAUGGCAGUUGCGCGAGAUAUUAAAGGCAAGCGAGAAUGUGUAGUUACUGUGAUCAGCAAUGGCACAACUAUGGCUGGUCAGGUCUAUGAGGCCAUGAGUAAUGCUGGUUAUUUGGACUCAAAUCUGGUUGUGAUCUUAAAUGACAGCUGUCAUUCUUUGCAUCCAAAGAUAGAAGAGGGCCCCAAGACAUCUAUAAACGCUCUAUCCAGUACCCUUAGCAGGCUUCAAUCAAGUAAAUCCUUUCGCAAGUUUAGAGAAGCUGCUAAGGUUGUUACCAAAAGAAUUGGUAGGGGAAUGCAUGAACUGGCAGCCAAAGUUGAUGAGUAUGCACGUGGUAUGAUGGGUCCACUUGGAUCAACUCUCUUUGAAGAGCUUGGGCUGUAUUAUAUAGGUCCUGUUGAUGGACACAACAUAGAAGACCUGAUAUGUGUUCUACAAGAAGUCGCAUCUCUGGAUUCAAUGGGUCCUGUCUUGGUUCAUGUGAUAACAGAGGAAAAUCAAGGUUCAGAACAUGACCAAAAGAGAGAGACAGAGGAGAAGCAGCAAGAAGGUUUAAGUCUAAAUGGCACUCGUUCUUUCUCAUACGGUGAACAUUGCCGAACUUACAGUGAUUGCUUGGUGGAGGCUUUGGUUUUGGAAGCAGAGAAAGACAAAGAUAUUGUAGUAGUUCAUGCAGGAAUGGAAAUGGAUUCAUCACUUCAGUUGUUUCAAGAAAGAUUUUCAGACAGGUUUUUCGAUGUGGGAAUGGCUGAGCAACAUGCAGUUACAUUUUCUGCUGGUUUGUCAUGUGGAGGGUUAAAGCCAUUUUGCAUAAUUCCCUCUACCUUCCUGCAGAGAGCUUAUGAUCAGGUUGUCCAUGAUGUGGAUCGGCAGAGGAUCCCUGUGCGAUUUGUCAUUACAAGUGCUGGAUUGGUCGGAUCUGAUGGUGCUUUGCAGUGUGGAGCAUUUGAUAUAACUUUCAUGUCAUGUUUGCCAAACAUGAUUGUCAUGGCACCAUCUGAUGAGGAUGAGCUGAUGCACAUGGUUGCCACUGCUGCCCAGAUUGAUGAUCGGCCAGUUUGCUUUCGGUAUCCAAGGGGUGCCCUAGUCAGGACAGACUAUCCUAUAUGUAGUGGAACUGCUCUUGAGAUUGGCAAAGGAAAAGUUCUUGUUGAGGGCAAAGAUGUUGCUUUACUUGGGUAUGGGGCAAUGGUUCAAAACUGUCUCAAAGCUCAGACCCUUCUUUCCAAGCUUGGCAUUGAUGUCACUGUUGCUGAUGCAAGAUUCUGCAAGCCUCUUGACAUCAAGCUUCUCAGGCAGCUUUGCAAUAGUCAUGCCAUUCUGAUCACUGUGGAGGAAGGUUCUGUUGGGGGAUUUGGUUCCCAUGUUGCACAGUUCAUUGCCCUUGAUGGACAGCUUGAUGGAAGACUUAAGUGGCGACCAAUUGUCUUGCCAGACAACUAUAUUGAGCAUGCAUCCCCCAAAGAACAGCUUGCUCUUGCAGGGCUAACUGGACAUCACAUUGCUGCGGCCACGUUAAGUCUUCUUGGACGGACCCGUGAAGCCCUACUGUUGAUGUGCUAGAAUGUUGUAUAGUUUUUCCUUGUUAGGUUCUUGAUGUACCCCGAGAAGGCUAAACAAAAGGCGGAACAACAGAUUCUCUAGAACAGAAAUAGGGUGAGGGUGAAUUAAUGAUCUUUUUGUAUUGAUGGUUCCUGUAACUUGUACAGUUCUCUAAUAUGUUUAUGUGAUCAUGUGAAUAUCUAAUUUACAUUAGUGUAGUACAGAAUUAUAAAUGAAUAGAUGUCCUUACGCA